AUGCGCAGAGCUUGUAGUCCGGGCAGAUGGGCAGACCGAUCCAGCACGUCGGCGGCGCAGGACGCGGCGAUUGACGUCUGGCAAGAAGUCUCGCAUGACUCGAUGACGCCGUACUCGGCACAGCUAACGGAACAAGACGAAGUGGUGGAUGGACAGCUUGAAGAUGUGGACGUAGUGGCCACGGUCCCGGUGGUCAAUGUGGAGCCACAGAUCCAAUUGGUGGCUCGAAUCACGGCGUUGUCGACGAACCGGUCAACGGCGAGGGCAGAGACCGUCAUGGUCAACCGGUCAAUAAGGUUGGUCGGUAUUUGGAAUGGCGGUCGCGAGAUCACGCCCAAUCUGGAGGGCAGUGUCCGCCGCGUCCACGAUGUCGCCUCCGUUGGACUGGAGAGCUGGCUGCGCGGGCGCUAG